AUGUCCUCGCCCCCCCUCUUCCACCGCAAGCCCACAACGCCUGCACCCCCAUCCCCAUCCCCAUCCCAAAGGCCACAGGCACAAGCGCAAGCGCAAGAACAAGCACAGCAAAGCACAGCUCCCAAAUCCCCAAGAAAAAAACCACUCUUCCCGCCACCCGCGCAAUCAUCUCUACCGUCACCGUCGCCGAGGAACCCCCGCGCACGCACGUCGGACAUCUCAUUACCCUCAGCAAUCACAUCAGCAACGCGCAUUGCUGCGACACCGCUGCUGCCCAGCAGUGUCCUACACAGUUACAGCGGCAACAGCAAUAGCAACCCCGGCGAAUCCUCCUCCUGCUCCCCUUCCUCCUCCAAACCUGCAACAGCUCCUAUUGCCGCAGCAGCAACAAGACAAGUCCCCGACGCACCCAUGUUCCGCGCCAAACCUUCCUCCUCCUCCUCACCCGGGUCCGUGGGCGGAGGGAGCGGUGAUGCGCACGAGAGGAUGUGGGCGGAGAUGCAGCAAAAAUUGCAAGAAGUCGAGCUCUCGGCGGAUCACGUGUUUGGCUCCCCGCACGCAAAGUGUCUGGAAGAGUUGCGCGCAGCACAGAUCGCGCUUGCGCAGGCUUGGAUAAGGAGCGAAGAGGAGGGGGAGGGAGGGCUGGACGGGGAACAUGUGGAGUUUGGUAGGGGGGCUUUUGGGGGAGGUGCUGGGAAGGGAAAGGGCGUGGCUGGCGCUGCUGCUGCUGGGGGAGGGGGGGAUAUGUCGGAAACGGAGACUGAGGGGGAUAUAUUGCUCGCCCGCAAGAGGCGCCUGGCCAAUGAUGAGCACUUCGCUCGUGUCGCCCGGUCCGUCCAGGACGUCACGAGGAGGUUGGAGGCGGUUGCUGAGGCUAUGGCUAGUGUUGAGAUGGAGAGUCGCGGGAUCUGGGCGGGGGGUACGGAGUCUGAUGGGACUUCUAUUCGGUGAUUGGGGUUUGGCUCGGUUUAAUUUUUAUGGGCGUUUUCCUGUUUUUACCUGCUGGGUUCCUGGGUUUCUUGUGUACUUGUACUGUACUAGGUUCCGGCGGGACUGGCGGGGGAGGGAAAAGAAAAGAGAAUAGAAAAAAAAAAGAGAUAGCUCUCCUUGUUCCUAGAACUGUACGAGUACAGCGCCAUACACAAUGUAACGAAAUAAUUUUAAUUUCC